UGGACAGAAGAAAAAGGCUGAGAAGAGGAUUGAAUGAUAAUCAAGUUAUUAUAACUCAACAUUUUACGGAGAGAACUGUGACACCCGGAGGAGAUAUUAGCAUGCAAUGUGCGGCCACAGGCGACAGACCACCGCAAUUCGUAUGGGAACGAGAUGGCAUACUUAUGUCCAGUAAUACUGACCCCAGAUACGCAUUAGGUCAAGUGAUGACAUCUGACAACUCAGUCGUUGCACAAUUGAAUAUAACAAGAGUCAGAGUUGAAGACGGAGGCUUAUAUUCGUGCACAGCGAAAGAAGGAGAUCAUGUAGCAACUCAUGAGAACAGACUUGAUGUUUAUGGACCGCCUUACAUCCGAUCCCUGCCUCCCGUAAAGAUACAAAGUGGCGAAUCUAUAAAUUUAAGAUGUCCUUUUUAUGGAUAUCCUAUUAGCAAAAUUGAUUGGGAACACAAAGGAAAAACAAUUAAUUCGAACAACCUAUUCCAAAGUCGAUACAAAAGGAAUCAGGUCAAAAAAAGGAAAUCUCGUCGAAGCGUUGUCAAUAUUCAUGGUAUCCUAACUAUACCUGAAGUAUCUAAAGAAGAUAAUGGCGCAGUAUAUACGUGUAUAGUUACGUCACCAUCUGGUGAAAUGGCGAGACGCGCAUUUGAAAUACAAGUGAUCGAAGCACCCAUUUUAGAAGAUUUGCUGCUUGGUAAUAAUUUACAGGAAGGUCAGAUUGUAAAUAUUUAUUGCAACGUAAGGAGCGGCGAUCUGCCGAUACAUUUUGAAUGGUUAAAAGACGGAAAGAGAAUCCCGAGUACUUUAAAGGUUGUUGAAAGAAGUUCAGAACUAUUUAGCGCAUUGGUAAUAAAGAAAGUGUCAUUAGAACACUGUGGAACUUACACGUGCGUUGCGUCGAACCACGUCGCCAAAGUUAAUAAAUCUACUGAGCUGUAUAUAAAAGUUGCACCAAAAUGGUUGGAAGAACCUUCAAAUUCAUCGUUACUACUUGGAAGGAAGGGGACUGUAUCAUGCAGUGCAAGUGGUUAUCCACAACCUCAAGUCCAUUGGAUGAAGAAAGAUGCUCUACUUGGUACUUGGCAACCUGUCCUUGAGCUGGCUGGAGGCGGUAUUCUAAGUCUGCCCAACGGAUCUCUGGUGAUCGAAGAGGUUUCCUUGACAGACGAGGGUCUUUAUUCCUGCAACGUUGAGAACGGAGUGGGCACGCCGCUCAGCAAAACUGUUUGGAUGAGUGUCAACAAGCCUGUUCACUUCGAUACCACAUCGACAAAUGUCACAUCUCGUCUCGGACAUCCUGUUACGCUGGAAUGCCGUGCUUUAGGCGACGACCCGAUCAGAAUUAUUUGGACACACGACGGCAAUACCUUGGAUUCACAGAACCAUAGAAUGAAACAUUCAGAAUCGAAGACAUCCCUCGGCGCGACCAGCACUAUUACCUUCCAGUAUUCAGAAGCAGGCGACGCAGAGCCCCCGAGCCCACCGUCGGAGUUGCGCGUGGAGUCAGUGCGCGCGCGGUCAGCUGCACUAUCAUGGCGUGCAAGAGGCCCUCGUGGCUCACUUCAGUACGCGCCGACUACGCUCGCACACACAGUCUGGGACCGCGCCAUCAGCAUUAACGUUACCAGAAAAGACAACGAUAUUCGACAAACCAUCGAGAUACACAACUUAAGACCGGCGACACCUUACGCUGUGCGCGUCGCGACCGCCAAUGAAGUGGGCGUUAGUCGGUACACUGCGCCUGUACACUUCACAACACAUGAAGAAGCUCCAUCAACCGCGCCAUCAAGUAUCCAUGUGGAACAGACUGAAAACCCUGGGGAGCUAUUUGUAUCAUGGCUUCCACCACCGAAAGACAGUCAUAAUGGUAUCAUCACAGGUUAUCAUAUCAAAGCCGUGCCUCAAAAUGUUGGAUCAAUUUCAGAGGACAGCGACACCAGGACAUUGAAAGUUACCCAACAGUCUGGAAAGCAAGAGACAACUAUAAGUGGUCUCCUCAAAAAUACUAGAUAUGCAGUAUCAAUAUCAGCCUUUAACAGCGCUGGUUCAGGACCAUUUUCUCUGCCUGUAUUUCAAGAUACUAUGGAAGGAGCACCAGAACAUGCCCCAGCUUCAGUAGAAUGUACAGCGGUAUCUUCCACUUCUCUGAGGGUUGGCUGGCAACCAAUCGCAAUACACGGACAGGGAAGUUCAUUGAUUGGCUACACGAUCCUAUAUGCUACUGAAGAGAGUGCCUGGCAGAACCAAACGUCGCUUCAUGCGGAAUUGUAUCUACAAAGUCUGAUCAAAUACACGAACUAUACCAUCAAAGUUGCUGGCUUUUCAAGUUACGGUGCAGGGCCAUUUUCAUAUCCCAUCGUAUGCACAACCUUACAAGAUGUUCCAGACGCACCAGCAGAUAUUAAAGUUCUCAUCCUGUCUCCAACAUCUCUUCUGGUGAAUUGGAAGAAACCAGAACAUCCGAAUGGAGAAUUGAUAUACUAUACAGUUUAUGUGAAACCUACGUCCAGUAAUGGGUCACCACAAACACUCCGAGUAGACAUGUCUCGAACAACAGCGGAAGUGAAAGAUCUAACAACGGGCAGGACUUACGAAGCCUGGGUUACGGCGAGCACAAAUGUUGGAGAAGGUUUAGCCAGCAAACGAGUGUCACAAACGCCUUUACAACGAGGUGUGGAAAAUUCUAAGCAAAAUUCAAAUAUAAUAGUAGUUUAG